GCUUGGAUACGACUGUCAUCCAAUGGAUAAACAUAACCUCUUAUUGGCCAUGUGUUAAUAAACACAAGUGUUUGAAUUGCAGUGGAUGUGUGUAUCAAGAACAGUUUGGAAACAUUUUUAGCUCUUUUGGGGGAUAAUUCGUAAAAGAUGGGUACCGAUCAGCAAGCGCAUCGGGCCGGUGCCUUGAAACAAAAGAAUAAAGUGCACAAAACGGGAAGACAUCGUUCGAAAGGUGCAAUCGACAAUGAAUUAAAAGGCAAAGCUUCGGUCAAAACAAUUACAAAGAAACAAAAAAAUGCGAUGACAAAGGAACAACGUCGUCAUCAAGCACUUCAGAUUCGCAAGAACAAAAGAGACGAGGUGAUGGAUAGAAAACGCUCGCUUGGUGGCUCAUCGUAUGCACCAUUUUUGGUUGCAUUGAUACCAUUGAAUGAACAAAUUGAUCCACAAUCGGCGCUUAGCAUUCUGAAAGCAUGCGAUCCAGAAGCUGUUGUGACAACAAGUCAAACGGGAACAACUCACAUCACAAUCCCUCGUUUCAAGCAGCGCUUUGCAUUCAUCAUACCACCAACUGGUGCUGGAAAUGAGCUGGCCGCAUUGGAUUGUCUCAAAGUGUGUGACACAACGGUGUUUCUGGUGUCGGCAAAUGUCGACGAAGAUGAUAUCUAUGGCAAAUGGGGCAAACGAUUCAUUAACAUGGCCAUUGCUCAAGGUGUUCCAACGCCAAUCAUAUCACUCAUGGACUUAGAAUCAGUGAUACCGAACCGUCGUGGAAAAACCAAGGCUGCCAUUCAGAAGUAUAUUCAACGCACAUUUCCAAUUGAGAAAAUCGUGAGCUUGGACACAAAUAGCGAAGGUUUCAAUUUAUUCCGACGCAUUGGCGGUCAGAAGAAGAAAAUUUUGCAUAACAAAGAUAAUCGGCCACAUUUGUUCGCUGAGAAUGUUGAAUACGUAGAAAAUGCCUCCGAUCCGAGUGCUGGUGUGUUGAAAGUGACUGGACACUUGCGUGGAAUCGCCCUAGAUGUAAAUGGUUUGAUACAUAUUCCAAAUCUAGGUGAUUUUCAAAUGUCACAAAUCGAUUUGGUGGCCGAUCCAUUCAGACAUGAUAAGGAUAAAAAUGAAGAGAGUCGUGUGCUGUUGCGUGCUACACCAUCGACACAAAAGUCUCUGCAACGUGAGAACAUACCCGAUGAAAUGGAUGCUGAACAAACGUGGCCAACGGAAGAAGAAAUCGCCCAUGCUCAAGCCGAAACGAAGAAAAGUAAAUUGAUCAAGCGAAUCCCAAAGGGUAUGAGUGAUUAUCAGGCGUGUUGGAUUCCGGAUAUCGAAGAAAAGGAAUGCAGCGACGAAUCGGAUGGUGACAGCGAUGACGAUGAUGAUGGCAUGGACGAUGAUGAAGACGAUUUCAUGUCGUGCAACAGCAAUCCUGAUUCGGCUGAUGAAUUUGAGAAGGAUGAUGACAACGCAGACGAAGAAUGCGUGUCUAUGGUACAGUCCGAAGUUCGUUUCAAUGACGAUAAGUAUGAUAUGGAAAUGGAUUUACAAGAAGAGCGUGAAACAUGGGAGAAAAUUAAGGAGGCUCGAUCGGAUAAAUUGUGGCCCGAUGAAAUUGACACGCCAUUGAAUAUACCGGCACGGUCACGUUUCCAGAAAUAUCGAGGUCUCGAAUCGUUCCGCACAUCACCAUGGGAUGUGAAGGAAAAUUUACCAGCCGAUUAUGCUCGCAUCUUCCAAUUUGUUAACUUUGAUCGCACAAAGAGACGCAUUUUGAAGGAAUACAAAGACGAUGUUGAUGGCGCCGAGCCUGGAUCAUACAUUACAAUCCAUGUGUCUAAUGUGUCGCUGGGACAAUGGCAACAAUGGAAAGCCAUUGAAGAUGCAAAUCCAACUUUGAUCGUUUACGGUUUGCUGCCGCAUGAAAACCAAAUGUGUGUCAUGAAUGCCGUUCUGAAGCGAGCACCCGAUUCAACCAUACCCAUUAAAUCGAAAGAACGUCUCAUUAUUCAAUGUGGCUACAGGAGAUUUAUUGUCAAUCCCAUAUUCAGUCAACACACAAGCAGCGAUAGACAUAAGUAUGAACGAUUCUUCAGGCCCGAAGAAACGGUUGUUGCUAGUUUUUAUGCACCAAUUCAGUUCCCGCCAUCGCCCAUUCUGUGUUUCAAGGAGAAUCCAGACACUACAUUGCGUCUUGUGGCCAAUGGUAUCUUGUUGUCAUGCAAUCCAGAUCGAGUGAUAUUGAAGCGUGUCGUUCUUAGUGGUCAUCCAUUGAAGAUUAACCGAAGAACAGCCACAAUCCGUUAUAUGUUCCACAACAAAGAAGAUAUUGAAUACUUCAAACCGGUGAAGCUUCGCACACGUUGCGGUCGUCUUGGUCACAUCAAAGAAUCUUUAGGUACUCAUGGACAUAUGAAAUGCUUUUUUGAUGGUCAAUUAAAAUCGUUCGAUACGGUGUUCAUGUAUUUGUAUAAGCGGGUAUUUCCAAAAUGGACCUACGAAGAUUGCAUAGUGUCGGUGCGAGAUGAAACCAAUACAGCCACACAAAAUGACACCGAAAUGAUUGAAUAAAUGUAGAGAAAAUAUUGUCUGUAAAACAAUUUGCUUUUUCCAUUCACGAGUGGAUUAAUGUAAAGUUUUUGUUAAAUAAAUAAUUUCAAAGUGUUAUUUGAAAAAUUGUAUAAAAAAAAUUUAUUUUCAUGCAUUUUUUUUAACAAAUUUAUUUUAUUAUCAAAAUUCGAGUUGACAUGAAACACUUAUAAUCAUAAUAUCAUACAAAUAAUACCAUCUAUCGCCCAGAAUAUAUUCACCUAUCAUUUCGGAAAAGAAUUUUGCCAAACAAGAAUAAUAAAACAGAAUAAAACAGAACGGAGCGGAAUGGACUGUUUUUAUCGACAAAUUUCAACAAAGUUCAAACUGCAGAUGAUGUUUGGAUUUCAUUUUAAUUACAUUUGAUGGCGCCGAUAGUCAAUUGAGUACGCAGCGUCAAAGCACUCACACAUACAAACACCUUUUUGUAUACCAUGGUAAACAAAAACAAACAAACAAACAAAAUUUGAUUGGAAACAAAUAAUCCGUCUGAAAUAUAUUUGUAUUUUGUGCAGA